AGAGAGAUUUGUAAAGUCAAAAUAUUAUAAAAUAAAAAAUAUUAAAGAUAUUAAUUAAAAGAUAAAUAGAGUGAAUUUUAUCUAAAAUCUAUAAUCUGGAAGUGUUGAUAAUUAAUUGAUUAUCUCUUGUUUGUAUUAAUUAUCCUUGAACUGCUUAUAUAUUUGAAGCUAUGGAAGCGUUGUUGAGCACUCACUCACCUUUCUCCCUCUCUCAGUGGCUGCUCAUAAAGCUCUCCCUCAGUCACUACUCACAAAUCUCUGAAUUUUAUUGUAUUCCCUCCAUCAGUUAGCAAAAUGGCAGGAGGUGUGAUAGCAGGAGGCAAUGCCUCUGGAAAAGAUUAUCCCGGAAAGCUUACUUUCAGGGUUUUCAUCACUUGUUUGGUUGCUGCAUUUGGAGGGCUAAUUUUUGGCUACGAUCUCGGCAUCUCAGGUGGAGUUACAUCAAUGGAUCCAUUUUUAAAGAAGUUUUUCCCGGAUGUGUACCAAAAGGAGCACAACAUACAGGCCUCGGUGAACCAGUACUGCAAAUUCGACAGCCAAAUAUUAACGUUGUUUACAUCCUCUCUAUACUUGGCCGCUCUUGUGUCAUCCAUCGGAGCAUCAACGGUAACUCGAGUAUUUGGAAGAAGACUUACCAUGAUUUCUGGUGGUGUGCUUUUCUUGGCUGGUGCUGGAUUGAAUGCAUUCGCCCAACGCGUGUGGAUGCUUAUUGUUGGUCGUUUGCUUCUUGGUUGCGGCAUCGGAUGUUCCAAUCAGUCUGUGCCAAUUUACGUGUCCGAGAUUGCUCCCUACAAGUACAGAGGAGCUCUUAACAUGAUGUUCCAGUUGUUGAUCACGAUAGGCUUAUUUGUAGCCAAUGUUCUAAACUACGUUUUCUCCAAAAUGGAGAACGGAGAAGGCUGGCGCUACAGUUUGGGUUUUGCUGCAGUUCCUGCAAUAAUGAUUAUCUUAGGUGCAAUCUUUCUCCCCGAUACACCCAGUUCCUUGAUCGAGCGUGGUAAAGAGGAGGAAGCCAAGAGAGAGUUGAUAAAGAUUCGCGGCACUAGUGACGUUGAGGAAGAGUUUAAGGAUUUGGUUGCAGCGAGUGAAUCGUCGAAAGCGGUGCAACACCCUUGGGCUUCUUUGCUGACGAGGCACUACAGACCCCAUCUCACCAUGGCCAUUGCCAUUCCAGCCUUUCAGCAACUCACUGGCAUGAAUGUCAUAACAUUCUACGCUCCUGUUUUGUUUAAAACCAUUGGAUUCGGUGCCAAUGCUUCCCUCAUGUCUGCUAUGAUCACUGGAGGUUGUAACGCCGUCGCCACUCUUGUUUCCAUUGCUUCGGUUGACAAAUUUGGUAGACGUACUCUUUUCUUACUUGGUGGAGCUCAAAUGUUUGUCUGUCAGAUGUUGAUAACAGUGGCAAUUGCAUAUAAGUUCGGAAUAAAUGGAAACCCUGGUGUGUUGCCGACAUGGUAUGCGAUGGGAGUGGUGAUAGCUAUAUGUGUGUAUGUGGCCGGAUUUGCAUGGUCAUGGGGUCCUUUAGGAUGGUUGGUACCCAGUGAGAUUUUCCCACUUGAAGUUCGAUCUGCUGCUCAAAGUAUCAAUGUUUCCACCAACAUGAUCUUCACUUUUGCCAUUGCCCAAAUUUUCACCGCCAUGUUGUGUCACAUGAAGUUUGGACUGUUCAUUUUCUUCGGAGUUUUUGUGGUGAUCAUGAAUAUCUUCAUCUACAAGUUUCUUCCAGAAACUAAAGGAGUCCCAAUAGAAGAAAUGCAUUGUGUGUGGCAACAACACCCUUACUGGAAAAAAUUCGUCAAACCGGCUGAGAAGCAGGCUGAAGCAGAGUGUUAGGAUGCAUCUUUUUUUUUUUUUUUAAUUACAUUCUUUUUACAUGUAUUGGGAGUAGUAGUAUUUUAAAGUUGUUAUUAGGAACAUUGUUGUUAUCACAUUUUAAAUUUUUUUUAUAACAAUUGUUUAGAUCGA